UGAUAGCACGUUCAUCUAUGGAUAAGAUUUAUUUCAUUAAAGAAACAUGUUUCCUAACCUCUUGCUUUACGCUUUCGACGAAUUGUGAUGAAACCAUAAUGAAAUAUAAAUGAUAGAAGCCAAUAUGUGUUCUUAAAAUGAAGUUUCCAUUGUGUGUUCCCCUAUAUUUGUUAUUUUGUUUAUUUCUUCUGAAAUUUAUUGGAUGUGAUGGAGCAGCACGGCAGUCGCAGAGGACGUGUCCGGGGCUGUACUGCGGCCGCCACCUCAUGGAGGACGGCAACUGGAGCGAGUGCGGGGCCUGCCCCCGGGGGUAUCGCACCAACAGCUCGUCCAUCUGCGUGCGCUGUGAGGACUCCCCAGAGUUCUACGACUGGCUGUACCUGGGCUUCAUGGUGAUCAUAGCACUGGUGAUGCACUGGUUCUGCAUCGACCUGGCGGCUAUGGGGCGCAGCCUGUGCACGGAGGUGGUGGUGCUCCACCUGUCAGCGCUGGUGGAGACAGCCGGGGCCGCAACGCUGACGCUGCUCAUGUCCGACCCCUGGGGCUCCCUGCAGGUGCGAUCGUGCCGCACGCAACGCCUCUCCGACUGGUACACGCUGCUCAAGAACCCCAGCCCCAACUACGGCCGGGUCCUGCACUGCACCCAGGAGGCCGUCUACCCCCUGUACACUAUGAUCUUCAUCUUCUAUGCCUUGUCCAUCGUGCUGAUGCUGUUGAUCCGGCCGUGGCUCGUGGCCCGCCUGCUGCCCACCUACGGCAAGAUGUCCAUCUACUCUGCCCUCUACUUCUUCCCCACCCUGGCGCUCAUCCAGGCUGUGUUCGGAGGACUGAUAUGUAAGUUCCCGACCAGAAUUACUCACUUAAUACAAAAUUAUAGUAUAUUUAUAAUGGCCCCUUCAUCAAGGGGAUAGGAUGGAAACCCAAAG